UAGUGAUGCUUGUGUAAAGUGUAAAUUGUAUGAUCAAAAUCAAUUUGGAUGAUAUAAAUUUAGACCAAUGAUUUCUAUUGAAAUGGUAGGUAAAUUGAUUAGAGAAUGGUCCAAUGGGUUUAUUUGUGCACACCCGAUCGAUGCAUAAACAAGGGAAACAAAAGAGAAGGGAUUAAUCAAAUAUAAUGCUCAAUCAAAUUCAAAACCAAGAUUUAACCGUAAGUGGUUGGCCGAAUAGGGGAUCACUGAUAAACCAUGAGUUCUAGAUUUUAACCUCUCACCAAUAUUUUGGGGCCAUAUCCUGAUCCCGUGUAGAGAACUUUUGAGGUGCAGUGUAGAGGUUUUACUAUAUAAAAAUCAAGAGUUGAGUGUAUAUAUAUAUAUAUAUAUUUGAAUGGAGAGAGAAUGAGAGAUGUUUGAAUCUCUAUGUAAUUAAGAAUUAUUUAAAGGAAUUCUUAUAAAAAAAAAGAAUUAUAAAAUGUACAAAAAUAAAUAAUGAGGAAACAUCUCCUAUGUAAAGGAAAAAAUCCCACAAUUUCUGGUUGUGAUUGAUAAUUUUGUAAAACUGAUGCAUGAUUUUCUCUUUAUUACCAUAUUUUCUCUUGUCUUCAGUCCUAUAAAUUCCGCCUCAUAAACCCAAAACCUUCCCACUUCAACACACGCAUCUUCAUCAGGUUAAGAGUUUAGAGAUGGCUAGGUUUUCUUGCAAUGUUUUCUUUCUUCUUCUUCUUGUUUGCUCAGUGACAUUGAUGGUGGUGCCUGAAUCAUAUGCACAGGAGCUGUGCCGUGAAAAUGUUCCUGGAGAUGGAACUUGUGAUGCUACAGUAUGUCACAAUAAGUGCCUCACUGUGAACCCAAAAGCUGCUGGGAAUUGCCUUGAUGCCCUUACACGAAGAUUUUGCCUUUGUACUUGGGCAUGCUAGCUUCAACUUAUCUUUUGUUCUACUUAUCUUUUGUUCUAUUGAAGUUUCUUAUUGACACUAUUUACUAAAAAAACCUAUUGAAAUAAAUACACGUU